UGGUUUUGAAUGAUAACUGGCUGAAACCAACCGUCUUGUAUGUGUAUAUCAUAUGAACUGCCACCCGCCUCAACGCCAGUACUAUCACUGAGGAGGAUACACAGACGCUGUUGAUCGUCCUCGACGUUGUCCUUGCGGUGGGCGUGCAUCCGAUGCACGGAACAGCAAAGGGCGGGAGAGGCAAUUGCACGCGUGAUUAGCGCGGGUCACGACGAUAAGGCGACGUCGGCUGGCCGUCGUAUUCUACCAUUCGUGGCGAUAUGCGUCGGCGUGUGGGCAUCGUAGGCUUCGGCCAGCUGGGCCAGUUCCUGGCCGCCGAAGUGCAGCGGCGACCGGAGUCGCUCGAGCUCGCCUUCGUCUGGAGCCGGGGCCGAGUGGUGCACGGGCUACCCCCGCACCUGGUGCUCGAGGACCUGGCGUUGGCCGCCACCCGGCAUCCGGACCUGGUGGUCGAGGUGGCCCAUCCAUCUCUGGUUCGCACUCAUGGCGAGCAGCUUCUGCGCCACUGCGACCUCCUCGUGGGUUCGCCCACGGCGUUCGCAGAGCCGGACGUCGAGGCUCGGCUGCGUGCCGCGGCCAGCCGCCACGCGCUGUUCGUGCCGUGCGGCGCGCUCUGGGGCCUGCACGACAUCCGGGCGCUGGCAGACCGCGGUCAGCUGGCCGAGUUGACGGUCACCAUGACCAAGCACCCAUCGGCACUGAGGCUGGCCGACGCCGAGAUGCGCGUCCGCUGCGACCGAGCGGCACUCGGAACGCAGGCUGUCACGCUCUACGACGGACCCGUGCGAAGCCUCUGUCCGAUGGCACCGAACAACGUGAACAGCAUGGCGGCCGCGGCGAUGGCGGCACACACGCUGGGUUUCGACGGCGUCCGGGGCCGGCUGGUGGCCGACCCGGGCUUGGCCGACUUCCACAGCCUCGAGCUGGAUGUGGUGGGACCCAGCGAGACCGACGGGAGGGCGUUCCGGGUCCGCACGCUGCGCAUGAACCCCUCUGAUCGGGGGGCCGUCACGGCGAGCGCCACCUACGGAGCUUUCCUCGGAAGCAUGCUCGAGGCCGCCAAGGGUCGCGAACCGGGAGUUCACUUCUGCUGAAGCCGUCCAAUGUAGACAAAGAACCUGUUGCAGCUCUGGCAUGAAGCGCCCGUCUUGCUUGUGGUUUUGUCCUACGAAUACAUCAUUUUGUGCAUGUUUACAUAAACGGACCCACAGAUG